CUUCCCCACUAGACACUCUUCACUCUCUCUUCUCCAAUGGCUUCCUCUUCAAACGUCGCCGCCGCUCUCUUCCUCCUCUUCCUCGCCCUCUUCUCCACUGCCGCCCACGGCCGUGAGAGCCACUUCUUCAGCAGAGUCGCCGCCAAUACCAACAACGUAGAUCCUAACGCCGUCAACAACGGCCAACCUUCCUUCGUCCAGGAAACGGAAAACAACGGCUACGGCAUCUACGACCACCAGAACCCCGAAGAAACGGCGUCGUUCGACCAGACCGCCACCAACACCAAGCUCACCUCUUUCCCGACCAAAAGCUUCCGUCCCUAUAACGCCCAGACCAAUAGCGACGACACUUUCCGGAACGGAAAUGCUAACAACAACGAGAAAUACUACAACAACGACAGGUAUUCCGGCGAGAGCGGGUACAACGGCGACAACAACCACGACGAGCAGGAAAAGUUCGGUGAGACUAGCCUGAAACAGCAGGAUGCCACCGGCUACCAGAAGUCCGGUUGGGAUUUCGGAAACAGUGGUUACGAAUUCUUCCCCUAAUAGACCAGAUUGAUGAAUGCAGCAGUAGAGAAGAAUAAGAUGCGGAGUUCUUAGUUGCAGACGAAUCCCAGAAGCAGAGAAAGUGAAACGACAGCGUUGUGC